GAUGAAUCUUUAACAGAGAAAAUCAUUCGACACAGUGCUAGCCCUUGUCAUUCGCCUGCUUUCCUAAUAGCCAUUAUCCUUUCUGCUAUUGAUAAUCUCAAUUAUCGUCAAGCCAUUCGUCAGUCGUGGGGCUGUCAAAAAUCAUCCAACACGUCUGAUCGAUCUCAUUCGUGGAGGGCAUUAUUCGUUAUUGGUAAAACACAAAAUGGAACAAUCAAUACUAAAAUCGAGCAAGAAUCACAACUCUAUGGUGAUAUUAUAUUAGGAGAGUUUAUUGAUAGCUAUCAAAAUUUAACUUAUAAAACUUUAUUGGGUAUGAAAUGGGCUUAUACAUAUUGUAAGCCACGAUUUAUAUUGAAAGUAGAUGAUGAUGUCUUUGUUAACACAUUUCUGCUGUAUAAUGAAUUACUGAAACUGAAGAAUAAGCACGAUUUUUAUACUGGAUACGGUCAUUUCCAUAUUCGCCCUCAUCGUGAUCAACUUCAUAAAUGGUAUGUACCAUUUCAAGACUAUCCACGCGAAUAUUUUCCAGAUUAUUGCAUCGGUGGUGGCUAUGUAUUGUCAGGAGAUCUACUUGGAAAGAUAUUACGUGUUGAACCUAGAAUUAAAAAAGUAAGAUUAGAAGAUGCUUACACAGGUAUUCUA